AUGAACAACGACGUAGAGAUAGACGGUCGCCCCCGUCCGUUGUCAACGGGAUUGUGGACGCUGUUUUCUUGGCUUCGUCGUGACGAUCGAUCUGAUUCUAGCGAAAGUCUCUCUAGCGCCGGCUCCGACCGUACCGUUGCAAGCUUCGCUUUCUUGACACCAGCUCAUUAUCGCACUACAACGAAUCCAAUAGUUCUUCCUCCACCUGGGCCUCCGACUGACUCCUACAAAAAAAGAGUACACGACAGGAAUCUUCGACGGCAGUAUGAUCGCGACAUAACUUUACAUCGCAAAUACGGUUUAUUUAAAAGUGGCGAAACAAGUUGCGGUUACGACGCUUUGAGUUUACCGCCAGUGCGAAGAAUAGUCAGCGAGUCUGGUAGUAGAUGGGAUCGAGAUAGAAGAGCCACAAGCGAGUGUUUCCAGAGACGACUCGCACAUGUGCCGGGAAAGCGCCGCGCUCCUUUGCCGCCUGUAGUAACCGUUCCUUCGGCUCCAUCUUCGUCUCUAAAUCGACGUAGUACCAGAAAACGUCGAGCACCACAGCCGCCAAUAAAGAUAAUAGAAAACAAUAAAGAGAACUUAAAAACCCUUGAAGGAAAAAAGUUCAUAACACAAAUGAACCCACACUCAAAUGACAAGAGACAGAAAAUUCGAAAUAGCGAUGUCACAAUGGAUUGUAAAUCUGAAAAAUAUAUUACAAAAGAAGGACAAACUAAGGAUACAAAACAUAAACCUGAAAAAAGCUUCCUUAAGCAAAUUUUCGAUAGCAAAAAGAGAAAUUCAGGUGUCGAUAUAUCAUCUGUGAAAUUACUGCCAAGUAUAAGUGAGUUAGAUAAACAAGCUGCUGAAAUUAUAGAAAGCUGUAAAUUAAAUGCUUCGGAAAAAAGUAAUAAUGUUAAGAGUGAAAUACUAGAUAAUAUAGAUGGCCAAAGUGCCGGUCAGUUUGAAAGUUGGAUUUGUGUUAGUUGUUUAAGAAAAUAUAAAAUAUCUAUAGUGAAAUGCUUAUAUUGUUUACCUAAUCAAGAAGUUAAUCAAUCUGAGCAAGCAAAUGACAAAUCGAAGGCUUUAAGUAGCUAUACCCAAACAGAAAAUAAUUUAUCUAAUUCAGAGUCGGCAAUCAAAAAUACAAACGAAGAAAAACAAAAACUCAAAGAAAUGUUAAAGGAAAUGAAAGAUUCACUUCCUAAGCGACCCAAGCACGUAAAUGAAACAUUAGGGGUUAAAACGUCUUUAAUUCCAUCUACUCGCGAAAACAGUCCCUUCUUAACAGAAACACCAACCCUACGGGUUGGCUGUACCAUUGAACCGUCGACAUCCCAUAACAUUAUCAGAUCCCAACUUAAAGAAGUUACUUCAGGUAACCGAUCUUCACCAGUAAAACCAAUACAAGUUAAGUUAGAUUAUAAAAAUGAUCAAAACUGUGAAAACUUAAAAAUAAAGGAUAUUAAGAAAUCAAAUCAAAACGUAAAACCUGUAACACAUAUUGAAAAAAUGAAGGUGACUAAAUCUGCACUGGUGACCUCAAUACAACAAUCGUCGGACCAAAUAAAAAGUAAACUAGAUUUACAUACACCUUUAAGAAUAUCAUCUUUAUUAAAUCCGGUGUAUGUUUCAAAGAAUUUAGUUUCGAAUAAACCCCAAGAUACGCCUAUACAGGCAGCGAUUCAGACAGAAGAACAGAGAAUACUACAAGUUACCUUUAAUAAACCUAGUAUUAUUUCUAAACACACAAAUAACCCAGCUACGUCCAUUGAUGCAUUAGCUGGUCCGUCAACAUCGGAAAGUCAGUUGCCUGUUACUAUUAACAAAGUUGAAAAUAAAUACAACAAAGAAGAAAAAAGGAAGGAUAUAGAACCACAUGUGUUAUUUCAGAGAGGUAACAUUCCAGCCGUGACAAAAAAAGACACAACUGCAGAUUUAAAUCAUAAUAAUAAAAUUAGCAACCUUUUAGAAAUGACGUCAGCUAAAGAAAACAAUAUAAUAAAAAAAGGCAUUAAUCCUGAUCAACAUACGAGACGUAGAGACCUUAUUCAUCAACUAGAACAGUCAAUAGCUAAAGGAGAUGAACGUGCAGCAGCUGAAGCUGCAUCAAAGUUAGCUCAGUUGCGAUUGUCAUGUUCAGUAUUGUCAUUCUCGUCCCAAAUAUUAUCUCAGCCUUCGACAUCUAAGGCGAAUACUGAUUUUGAAGGUGAAAAGAACCAAGAGAUGAAAAGAGCUAAUAAGGAACCUCCAAAAAUAGUUCCUAAUGAAAAAACAAGAAACGAUACGAAACGAUCUCAAAAUAUUGCUGUCAAUAAGAUAAUACCAAGUUCCGUUUCACAUCAACUAAAUGCGCCAAAUAUUUCAACCGUUAUUUCUUCAUCAUCUAUAAAGGACACACCAAAAAAUAAAAAUUCAGUUAUCCAAAAAACUAUACCAGAAGCAAAAAAAACUGAUGCGACUCCAAAUGGCACCAUGACUACAAUUGCUGUGUUGGUCGAAGAUAGAGAAGCCACAAGAGGACCAGUUCACUUACGCAUAAAUCGACAAGCAUUAAUGAGAGACUUAAGAAGAGAGGCCGAAACAUCGUUAGGAUUACCCACUAAUCUGCAACGUUGGAUUGUUGGACGUGUUCUGUGUGUUAAUGAUAAUAUCCCAAUCAGUUCCUUGGCUGGGCCUGAUUUUAGCGCACCUUUUUACCUAUGUGUUGUAGAGGCAGAUAGGCAGCAUGAGUCGGCGUCAGGAGUAAAUCAAAAAGAAAAAUCUAAUGAUGAACACAACAAGUUACAAACCAAAGCUAGUGAUGUUUAUAAAGAGCUAGUGCAGUUGGAACAACAAGCGCUUGUUCCAAAUGCAGAGAAUUUUGAGUGUGGAGUUUGCAUGGAAGAAUAUACACCUGGUAAUGGAGUAGUGUUGCGUGAAUGCGUGCAUAUCUUCUGCCGCAAUUGUCUUGCGGAUGUAGUGCGUUAUUGCGAUGAGCCUGACAUCCCUUGUCCGGCUAUGGGAUGUCGAGGAAUGUUACAAGAACGAGAAAUCCGAGCUCUAGUGACUCCGCAAGAUUAUGAACGUUGGUUGGCACGAGGGCUAGCUGCGGCAGAAAGUGGCACUCGAAAUGCAUUCCAUUGUCGCACGCGAGAUUGUAAAGGAUGGGCACUUUGUGAUCCGGAUGUUCAAAAGUUUCCGUGCCCAGUUUGUAAACAUAUCAAUUGUAUACCAUGUCAGGCGAUACACGACGGGUUGACAUGUGAACAGCAUCGCGCAAAACUAAAGCAAGGAGUUGCUGGGAAAAGUGGUAACGCCAAUUCAACUGACGAUAGUACUCGGUCAUUACUAAAUGCAUUAAUUGCCAAAGGAGAAGCCCUGCAAUGCCCAGAAUGUAGUGCUAUAAUUACCAAAAAAUGGGGUUGUGACUGGGUGAAAUGUUCAGCAUGCAAAACAGAAAUAUGUUGGGUGACUCGUGGUAGAAGAUGGGGCCCAGGUGGUAAAGGUGACACCAGUGGUGGAUGUCGUUGUGGCGUUGAUGGAAAGAGAUGUCAUCCAUCCUGCGGAUAUUGUCACUAA